AUGCGCGCGCGUUCGCUCCCGAGCGCGCGCGCGACGCGCGUCGCGUCUCGCGCGACCACAUCGCGCGCGCCGCCGUCUCUCUCUCUCUCGCGCGCGCCGCGCGCGCGCUCGGGACGCUUUCGACGUCAUCCACCGUCCCGACCGCCGCGCGCGCUCCCCGACGCCGACGUCGCCCCGGUCGAGGCGUGGCAGCUGUGGUUCGGAUUCAUCGCCGGCGUCAGCCCGUUCGCGAUCGCGGCGUACGAAUUCGGGAAGCGCGUGCUCAUCCAGCGCCGGUGCGCGCUCUGCGCGGGCUCGGGCCUCGUCGAAGUCGAGCGCUCGCGAGGCGCGCGGUUGGUCAAAUGCACCGCGUGCGGCGGAUUCCUGCCGUGGCAGUCGUGGGAGAGGUUUCUGAGCAGCGAAGCGGGGAACGGGGGCGUGGUGCGCGCGCCGAAGGGGCAGACGUCGGCGUUUUAUAGCGUGGAAAAGGCGACGGCGGCGAGCCGGGAGAUGGCGGCGCGACGCGCGCGAGACGGCGAGGCGUCGAGCGAUCGCGACGGCGACGACGACGCGGGAUUAGGGUAG